AUGGCCGACAGCGAUCUCGCGCCGAAGUUCGCCCCGUUCUUCUCCUUUGCUGGUAUUGCAUCUGCAUCGCUCAUCCCCGUGGUUAUGUCUGGUAUCAUCGCCGUCUACGGUCUCGUCAUCUCCGUUCUCAUCGCCGGAGCGGUGAACCCAGACUCGAACAUGAGCUUGUACACUGGAUUUAUGCAUCUUGGGGCGGGACUGUCCGUCGGCCUCGCAGGCGUGGCCGCUGGAUAUACGAUUGGGACCGUCGGUGAUGCGGGCGUGCGGGCAUACAUGCAACAAUCACGGGUGUACGUGGGAAUGAUUCUGAUUCUGAUUUUCGGCGAAGUUCUGGGGCUUUACGGGUUGAUUGUCGGCUUGAUCCUGAACUCGAAGUCCUGA